GGCUGGCCAGACAGUGAUGUUCACGCCCACAUGCUGCAGAGAGGGAGUUCAGGACAUACCGUCCGUAGUCUUUUUAAGGCUGUGAAGUGUAUGAGCAAUAUGGGUCGGCUAAUAGUGUCUGGUAUUGUUCUGGCAGUUCUCGCGGUUCUUAUUGGAAACAGAUUCUUCGAACUUAAGAGAAUAGCUCUGGUAGACGGAGAACUUCGGCAAAAUCACCUGCCGAACUGUCAACAUAUUAAAGGUCUUGAAUAUGGCUCGGAAGAUCUCCAAAUACUUCCAAAUGGGCUGGCUAUUAUUAGCACAGGCUUGAAGUACCCAGGCAUGCCGUUCUUUUCUGACGGUCCUGGAAAGAUCUUUAUGCUGGACCUGGAGGAUGAGAGGCUGAAACCUGUGGAGCUACGCAUUGGACGCGGCUUUGACAUCACAUCCUUCAAUCCUCAUGGAAUCAGCAUUUACACUGAUGAGAAGGAUCAAUCUGUACACUUGUUCGUUGUCAAUCACCCUGAGGGGAAAAGCCAGGUUGAGAUAUUCAAAUUGGUUCAAGAGGAAAAUGCCAUUAUGCACCUGAAAACAAUCCAACAUGAAUUUCUCCACAGUGUGAACGACAUUGUGGCUGUGGGCCCAGAGAGCUUCUAUGCUACAAAUGAUCACUACUUCACUAACACGAUGCUGAGAGAUCUGGGGUCAUGUUUGCUGCUGCCCUGGUGCACUGUAGUUUAUUACAGCCCUGAGGAGGUCAAGGAGGUGGCAAGCGGUUUCUACUCAGCCAACGGCAUAAACAUCUCCCCUGAUAACAAGUAUUUAUACGUGUCAGAUAUUAUGGAUCACGCCUUUAAAGUCAUGGAGAUACAAGAAAACAAGACCUUACACCAUGUGAAGUCGGUGCCUGUGGGGUCACUGUGUGACAACAUAGAGGUGGAUCCUGAAACAGGUGACUUGUGGACAGGUUGUCACCCAAAUGGUAUGAAACUUGCAUCCUAUAAUCCAGAGGACCCACCUGGAUCUGAGGUAUUUAAGAUCCAGGACAUCCACUCAGAGAAGCCCACUGUGACUGUGGUGUAUGCUGAUGAUGGCAGUGUGAUCCAGGGAUCCUCCGUGGCCUCAGUUUAUAAAGGAAAGCUUAUCAUUGGCACAGUCUAUCACAAAGCUCUGUAUUGCGACCUGAAGUAAAUGCUUGAAUAGUUUUUUCUUUUCUUUUGCUCAAGUAAAAAAAAAAAAAGGAAACUAAUUCAUCAUUAGACUACUGAAUAGAUCAUUUCAGCUAUGGGAAUAAGAAUUGGGCUUGCAUUCAUCCUUAACCAAAAUGAUAAUGUUGCCAUGUUUUGUAGGUUACUUGAUUCUUGCCUUUCUUAUUUCUGUGCGGGUUAUCUGUAUGUUCUAGUUGUUGUCCUGCCAUCUCCACUCAUUCUUCUACUGUAUCAUAGCCAUACCUCUCCCAUCAGUGGGGCACUCCAGAACCUGCUAGGUCUGGUUCUCCUCAAGGUUUCUUCCUACAUGCCAUGCAGGGUUUUUUUUUUCUCUGCCAUCAUCACCACUGAUCAGUAUUACCAGUGAUAACACCGUUUUGGUCAGGGGUUCCAAAACUGUGGGUCGGGACCCCAUGUGUGGUCGCUCGAUUUCAGGAUGGAGUCGCCUGAAAAUCUUGAAAAAUUUUUGUCUCUUUAAAAUAUGUGAAUGAAUAGAGGCCACUGCAUGUUUAACAUUACAACAACCCAACUAUAAUAAAGCAAUGAGGUAGGUUGUGGUAUAUUUCUAGUAUAGUCAUGGCUAAAGGGUGUUGUUAGGGGUGGCCUGUAGCGUAGUGGUAAAGGUAAAUGACUGGGACAGGCAAGGUUGGUGGUUUGAAUCUCAUUGUAGCCACAAUACGAUCUGCACAGCCGUUGGGCCCUUGAGCAAGGCCCUUAACCCUGCAUUGCUCCAGGGGAGGAUUGUCUCCUGCUUCGUCUAAUCAACUGUACGUCGCUCUGAAUAAGAGCGUCUACAUGUAAUGUAAUGCAAUUUAAUGUUAGGCAAAAGAUGUGUGUGGGUAGGGUGUUGGGGUCGUGUAAAUUUGUUAACAUUCAUUUGGGGUCACUUCAGAAAAAUGUUGGGAAACCCCUGGUAUAGGCAUUUAGGCCAGGGUAUACUGUGAAGCAUAUUGUGAGAUUAUUUGUAAAAUCUGCUAUAGAAAUAAAAUUUGAUUGAUUGAAAAA